GGCGGCGGAGGAGGCGCAGCCGAACCGAGGAGGUGCUGUCUACGGGACGAGCCGAAUGGCGGACCGUGAGGCGUCGCCGAUACCGUUGGAGAUCCGAGCCCGGCUGGCGGAGCUGGAGCUGGAGCUGUCAGAGGGGGACAUCACUCAGAAGGGUUAUGAGAAGAAGAGGUCCAAGCUGAUCAGGGCAUAUGUUCCUCAUGCUGGAGGUAUGGAGGGGCCCAUGUCUCACCGGGCGCCUCUAGGACCUCCGUCUGCUGCGCGUUUCCACCGACGGAGAACGUCCGGCACCAGAGACGAGCGCUACCGUUCAGAUGUCCACACGGAGGCGGUGCAGGCCGUGCUGGCGCGACACGUGGAGAGGAAGGUGGCCGUGCCCAUGCCGUCCAAACGGCGCUCGCUGGUGGUGCAGACCUCCAUGGACGCGUACACGCCUCCAGGCCUGUCCCCCCUGUGCUCAGACUCGUCGUCGGGCUCAGACGAGGAGGCGGGGCCAGGUGACGACAUGUCGGCCAUGGAGCACUGGAUGAGUCGUCCCUCCCAGUUAGGCCCCAUCCACCUGGGCUCCACCUCCUCCUCGUCCUCGUCCACGCAGAGCGGCGGCAGCGGCAACGCCGGGCGCCUGGCCGACUCGCUAGCGCACGCACACAUCUCACACCUGGCGCACACACACCUGGCGCACACACACCUGGGCCAGUCGCUCCACCAGCAGAGCCACCUGACGCAGUCCCACCACGGUAUCGGACACUUGUCUCUGAAGAGAAAGGGAGCUCUGAGCGUAGCAGAGAACGGAGGAUCUCUACGGAGGUCCUGUGAGUUUGGCUCUGACAUGCUGUGGCCUCCACCGCUGGAGUCAGACGAGAACCACUCGGCUCCUCCGGACGUGACGGGCUACUCGUCGGACUCGUCCCACUCCCACACCGAGCGGCACCACAUGGCCAACAUGGGAACCAUAGCCAGGAACACGCAGAAGUACGGCAACGCGGAGCGAAUGGAGACGGGCGACGGCGUCCCAGUCAGCAGCCGCGUGUCGGCUAAGAUCCAGCAGCUCGUGAACACUCUGAAGCAGCCUCGCAGGCCUCCGCUAAGAGAGUUCUUCGUCGAUGACUUUGAUGAGCUUCUAGAGGUCCAGCAGCCGGACCCCAAUCAGCCUCGGCCGGAGGGCGCAGAGAUGAUGCCGGUGCGCGGCGAGGCGUUGGGGGUGGUCACCAACUGGCCGCCGUCACUGGAGGCUGCGCUCCAACGCUGGGGAACCAUCUCCCCCAAAGCCCCCUGCCUCACCAGCCUGGACACGGCAGGGAAGCCUCUCUACGUGCUCACAUACGGGAAGCUGUGGUCCCGCAGCAUCAAGCUCGCCUACAACAUCCUCCACAAGCUGGGAAGCAAGCAGGAGCCCAUGGUGCGACCGGGGGACCGGGUGGCGCUGGUGUUUCCCAACAACGAUCCAGUGGCCUUCAUGGUGGCCUUCUACAGCUGCCUCCUGGCUGAGGUGGUCCCCGUUCCCAUCGAGGUUCCCUUAAGCCGCAAGGACGCCGGCAGUCAGCAGAUCGGAUUCCUGCUGGGCAGCUGUGGCGUGACCGUGGCGCUGACCAGCGACGCCUGCCACAAGGGUCUGCCCAAGAGCGCAACAGGAGAGAUCCCACAGUUCAAAGGUUGGCCCAAGCUGCUGUGGUUUGUAACCGAGUCGAAGCACCUUUCCAAACCUCCCAGAGACUGGUUCCCUCACAUCAAGGAUGCAAACAAUGACACUGCUUACAUAGAGUAUAAGUCCUGUAAGGACGGCAGCGUGCUGGGAGUCACCGUCACCAGGAUCGCCCUGCUCACCCACUGCCAGGCCCUCACCCAGUCCUGCAGCUACACCGAGGCCGAGACCAUAGUAAACGUUCUGGACUUUAAGAAGGACGUCGGCCUGUGGCACGGCAUCCUGACGAGUGUGAUGAACAUGAUGCACGUGAUCAGCGUCCCGUACUCGCUGAUGAAGGUCAACCCUCUGUCAUGGAUCCAGAAAGUCUGUCAGUACAAAGCCAAGGUGGCCUGUGUGAAGUCCAGAGACAUGCACUGGGCACUGGUGGCUCACAAAGACCAGAAGGACAUCAACCUGAGCUCUCUGCGGAUGCUGCUGGUGGCCGACGGAUCAAACCCUUGGUCCAUCUCCUCCUGCGACGCCUUCCUCAACGUCUUUCAGACCAAAGGGCUCCGAGCUGAGGUGAUCUGCCCCUGUGCCAGCUCACCUGAGGCGCUGACCGUGGCCAUCAGGAGGCCCGUGGAGGACAGCAGCCAGCCUCCGGGGCGAGGCGUGCUCUCCAUGCAGGGCCUGAGCUACGGGGUGGUGAGGGUGGACACCGAGGAGCGUCUGUCCGUGCUCACCGUGCAGGACGUGGGCACCGUCACCCCAGGAGGCCUGGUGUGCGUGGUGAAGCCUGAAGGCGUCCCUCAGCUUUGUCAGACAGACGAGAUCGGGGAGCUGUGUGUCUGCUCCAUCGCUACCGGCACCUCCUACUACGGCCUCACCGGCAUGACCAAGAACACGUUUGAGGUCUACCCGGUGAGCUCCAGCGGAGGGCUGAUCAGCGAGUACGCCUUUGUGCGGACCGGCCUGCUGGGCUUCAUCGGCCCUGGCGGCCUUGUCUUCAUCACCGGCAAGAUGGACGGCCUCAUCAUGGUGAGCGGGCGCAGGCACAACGCCGACGACAUCGUCGCCACGGCUCUGGCGGUUGAGCCCAUGAAGUUCGUCUACAGGGGCAGGAUAGCUGUGUUCUCUGUGACGGUGCUGAGAGAUGAAAGGAUUGUGGUUGUGGCUGAGCAGAGACCUGACUCCACAGAGGAGGACAGCUUCCAGUGGAUGAGCCGCGUCCUGCAGGCCAUAGACAGCAUCCACGGGGUGGGCGUGUUCUGUCUGGCUCUGGUUCCUGCCAACACGCUGCCUAAAACGCCUCUGGGUGGGAUCCACCUGUCAGAGAUCAAGCAGCUGUACCUGGAGGGGGGGCUGCACCCCUGCAACGUCCUCAUGUGCCCCCACACGUGCGUCACCAACCUGCCCAAACCCCGGCAGAAGCAGCCAGAGAUCGGACCUGCCUCUGUGAUGGUGGGGAAUCUGGUGUCGGGGAAGAGAAUCGCUCAGGCCAGCGGCAGAGACCUAGGGCAAACCGACGACAACGACCAGUUCCUGUUCUUGUCUGAGGUUCUGCAGUGGAGAGCUCAGACCACACCGGACCACGUUCUAUACACGCUUCUCAGCUCCCGGGGGGCGGUGUCCAGCUCCCUCACCUGUCUGCAGCUCCAUAAGCGCGCAGAGCGAGUGGCUGCUCUGCUGAUGGAGAGAGGCGGCCUGCAGGAAGGAGACCACGUGGCUCUGGUCUAUCCACCAGGUAUUGAUCUGAUCGCUGCCUUCUACGGCUGCCUGUACGCCGGCUGCGUUCCCAUCACAGUGCGGCCGCCUCACCCGCAGAACAUCUCCACCACCCUGCCCACAGUCAAGAUGAUUGUCGAGGUCAGCCACUCAGCCUGUGUGAUGACCACCGCCGUUAUCUGUAAGCUGCUGCGCUCCAAGGAGGCCACAGCCACCGUGGACAUCAGGAACUGGCCUCCGGUCCUGGACACUGAUGACCUGCCAAAGAAGAAGCCUCCGGCGCUCUACAAGCCCACCAACCCUGACGGUCUGGCCUAUCUGGACUUCAGUGUGUCGACCACUGGGAUGCUGGCCGGAGUCCAAAUGUCCCAUAAUGCAGUUGGAGCCUUUUGCCGGUCGGUGAAGCUGCAGUGUGAGUUGUACCCGUCCAGAGAAGUAGCAAUCUGUCUGGAUCCGUACUGCGGCCUUGGCUUCGUCCUCUGGUGUCUGUGCAGUGUGUACUCCGGCCACCAGUCCAUCCUUAUUCCUCCAGUGGAGCUGGAGUCCAACCCGGCGCUGUGGCUGCUUGCCGUCAGCCAGAUGAGGGUCCGCGACACCUUCUGCUCCUACAGCGUCAUGGAGCUCUGCACCAAAGGCCUCGGCCUGCAGACCGAGGCGCUGAAGGCUCGAGGGCUGGACCUGUCCCGGGUUCGGGCCUGUGUGGUGGUGGCGGAGGAGAGGCCUAGGAUGUCGCUCACACACUCUUUCUCCAAACUCUUCAAAGACCUCGGCCUCCACCCACGGUCGGUGAGCACGGCCUUCGGCUGCAGGGUCAACCUGGCCAUCUGCCUGCAGGGCACCUCAGGACCAGACCCCACGACUGUUUACGUGGACAUGAGAGCUCUGCGUCACGAUAGGGUUCGGUUGGUGGAGCGGGGUUCUCCUCAUAGUCUGCCCCUGAUGGAGUCUGGCAAGAUUCUGCCCGGAGUUCGAAUCAUCAUCGCCAACCCAGAGACAAAGGGGCCGCUGGGAGACUCGCACCUCGGAGAGAUCUGGGUGCACAGCGCCCACAACGGCAGCGGCUACUACAGCGGCUACGGAGAGGAGGUCCUCCAGUCCGACCACUUCAGCUCCAGACUCAGCUUUGGCGACACUCAGACGGUCUGGGCCAGAACCGGCUACCUGGGCUUCCUCCGCCGCACCGAGCUCACUGACGCCAACGGAGAGAGACACGACGCUCUGUUCGUGGUGGGAUCUCUGGAGGAGGCCAUGGAGCUGCGGGGAAUGAGGUACCAUCCAAUCGACAUCGAGACAUCUGUCAUCCGUGCACACAAGAGCAUCAUGGAGUGUGCUGUCUUCCCUUGGACCAACCUGCUGGUGGUGGUGGUAGAACUGGAGGGCUCCGAGCAGGAAGCCCUGGACCUGGUUCCCAUGGUGACCAAGGCGGUGCUGGAGGAGCACUACCUGAUUGUGGGCGUGGUGGUGGUGACGGACAUCGGCGUCAUCCCCAUCAACUCCCGCGGCGAGAAGCAGCGCAUGCACCUCCGCGAUGGGUUUCUCCAAGACCAGCUGGACCCCAUCUACGUGGCCUACAACAUGUAGCCUGAGAGUGUGUGUGUGUGGGGGGGGCGAGAAAGAGAGAGAGUGUUUGGAUGCCAUUCAUAUCGCCGUUGUUGUUCAUUUAUUUCCCAAAACCAAGAUGUACUGUAUUUUUGAACCUGCGUACAAUGUGGUCUUAACUUGUCGCUUACUUUACAGUUUUGUUGCACCGGUUGACUGGUUGGUUGCUUGGUUGGUUGGUUGACUGGUUAAAUGGUUGGUUGACUGGUCGGUUGGUUGACCAUUUUUGACCCCCCACCCUAUCUUGUGACCCUUACCAGGAGCUCGUCUCUGUAGAAAGCCUUAGGGGAACACUGUGUUUGGGGCGACGACUCCAGUCUUCAGAGGUCACAAGAGGUCAAAGUUCACUGCAGACUGUGUGUGUCCUCAUGUUGUACUGGUCCAGUAGAGACUCCGUGGUGUUACGUCAGUCAGAGCCGGGGAAGCCAGACGUCUGUAAAAAUAUAAAUACUGUACAUAGACAUAAUAAUCUAUAUGGAGAGGUACCUAAAACACAUGAGGUGUAGUAGCCCCGAUAUGCAGCUCCCCUGUGUGUGUGUGUGUGUGUGUGUGUGUGUGUGUGUGUGUGUGUGUGUGUGUGUGUGUGUGUGUGUGUGUGUGUGUGUGUGUGUGUGUGUGUGUGUGUGUGUGUGUGUGUGUGUGCGUGCGUGCGUGUGCGCGUGCGCGUGCGUGCGUCUUUCUGCAUGACGAGGGUGUUUUAACGUUCUGAUCUGAUUUCAGAUCAGUGAUGCUGGAACCUGUUUCCAGCUGAAGAAUCACAUAUUCGUGUUUGUUUCCUGUGUGAUGAACCGUUUUCUAAAUCUGGCUUAGUUCUGGGACGUUGAAGAUCAAAAACAGCUGAAUUCUUUUGACCUUUGACCCCUUUAACAGUUGAAAGGUGAAGCCCAUGUGGUUGAAUAUGGGUCAGUGACACUGAGCUGGUGUAUUCUACAUUUGUUUACAGUUUAGAGUCUCUACCUGUAGUUCAGUUGUCACUAAGUUCUCAUCUGAGAAUCCCGUUGAACCUUGUUUUACCCAUAAUGCAACAUGACAAGGUGCAAUAUUUGUCAGUAAAGAUGUAAAUGAAUUAAAACCACACAGCUUGUUUUUAACAGGGUUUGUUCCUCAUCUGUCAGUUUUACUCUAAAAUGACAAUGAACACCUGUGAAACAUCCAAAGCAGCUCAACAAGCAGAGUGCACUGUGUUAAUGUAAAAGAUAAAGACAGAUAAUUAUCAUAUUUAAAAGGAGUUUAUGGGACAGACGUCCGCUUGGGCUCCUGCCUCACGCUCUGGGUCCAGAUGCAAACUUUACAACAUCUGGAGGCUGUUUACAGAAAAGCUCCAAUUGUAGCAAUAAUGACCAAAAGGACGUUCUUCACUGUAGGAUUUAAGGUCAGACGCUUCCUCUCACACACGGCCUGCAUACAGCUGUAUAUGUAUCACAACAGCAACUAACAAGAAGAAAGUCCAACUCCGAAUGAGUAAUACAACCUCACUGGUUGGACGACAGAGGCGGCAAGAGAAAAGCAGAAACAAAGCACGUUUAGCAGUUUACUGUCCAUCACCUUCCAGCUCGGACUUGGUCACAGGUUGCCAUGGUGAUGGGGAGCUGCUCUGGCUGUUUGUUGGGUUUGGCUGAGCAUUGUCUGUCCUCAGUGAAGAACCUCCUCUGGGCCUCGGUACAGCAGCUACCACCUUAUGUGCACUAAGUCAAAGAAAGAUUUAACAUAAGUAUAAAGAAAUAUAUUAAAAAAGUUUUAACGUAAAUCAGUUUAUCCACAGAGCAGAUGCUCUGUGAACUAUGGGAGGUAUCGUCAGAGUUAGUUUAUCGCUGAUGCUGCAGGUUAGAGAGAAAUGAUAUAAUUCAUCAACAUUGGUUUAAAUCCUCAUGGAUAAAUGAUCUCAUUGCGUUAUCACGUUGUUCUUUGCUUCAGUCAUUGUUUGUCUUUUAACCAGAAGAAAAAAAACAUCUUGAUGCAUAUCAGAAGUUGCUUUAGCGCUUGUUUGGGUUUGUUGGUAGCAGUCGUGUGUGUGCGUGUGCGUGUGUGUGUGUGUGUGUGUGUGGAUAAGAAGGAGCCCAUCACAAACCCAGAGGACAAGUCUGGAUGGUGUGUGUGGGUGAGUGUGUAUAGUGGAUGUACAUAGUGUUGAUUUUGUACGGUAAAGUGUGUGUGACUCGUUUUGUACACGAUAAAAGAAGAAAUGACACUUUUAUAAGAGCCUGCUGUCGGCUCCCGUCACACUAUACAGUGCAAUAAAGUGCUUUGAUUGGCUAAAA